UAGCUAGGAUUACACCAGCACCCAGCAGUUUUGUUUCUUUGGGGUUUUUGGUUUUGUUUUUUUGAGACAGGGCCUCUUUAGCCCAACCUGGCCUUGGGCUUGAAAUCCUGCCGCAGGCUCAUGAGUGCUGGGAUUGCAUUGCAGAUAUGUACCACCAUGCUGCCAGCCUAUCCCCUUUUUAAAAAGCUUUUUGUGUCAUUCCUGGGGGUGGGGGGCAAGCACAUGAGACCCUGGCUCUGUAAAGACCGCCCAGCAGACUGCUCAUUGGCCUUGAAUCUCUCACCUCUUGCUUGGAGAGCUUGGCAGCCAAGUCCAGCCCUUAACUCCAGACACGGGGGUGGAGCCUGGAUUGAGGGCUUGCCUAAAGUGGCCACUUACAGCCCUGGGCCUCAGCUCUUGGGUGCCUGCCUGGAAAUUGACUGUCCCUUUCCUUGUGACCUUGGGGUUGAAAGGGACAGAGCCUAGGGGGCCUAGGGUAUUGUCCCCCUUUCCAGGACCUUUUCCCGUAAUCGCUUCUCCCUGUCACUUCUACUCCUCCCCUUAGGGCCCUAAACUUCCUGGGCCGGAACUGUUUGGCCUGCCACAAUUCCUGGUGAGGGUGCCUUAGGUUAUCAAGGGGGCAAAAAUGGAGCCCAGAAGAGCGGCUCCUGGGCCACCCGGCUGGGGACCUCGAGUGGCCGCGGGGUCGGGGACGGACGCGGAGCUCGUGUACCAUCUAGCGGGGGCGCUGGGCACUGAGCUGCAAGAGCUGACCCGCCGUUUCGGGACGGAGGCGGCGGUCGGGCUGGUGCCGCUCGUGGUGCGGGCGCUGGAGCUCCUGGAAAAGGCCGCCGUAGGGCCCGCCCCGGACUCGCUGCAGGUGUCGGCGCUGCAGGCCGAACUGGAGCUGCGGCGGCUGAGGGAGGAGAACGAACACCUUCGCAGGGAGCUGCGCUCGGGGCCUCGGGAGGAGCGCGCGCUGCUGCGGCAGCUCAAGGAGGUGACUGACCGACAGCGGGACGAGCUCCGGGCGCACAGUCGCGACUUGCUGCAGCGCAGCCAGGAGACAGAGGCGUUGCAGGAGCAGCUGCAGCGCCUUCUACUGGUGAAUGCCGAGCUACGGCACAAGUUGGCCGUAGUGCAGGCCCAGCUGCGGGUGGCGCAGGACCGCGAGAGGGAACGCGAGCUACCGCGGGAAGGCGCCCUCCAGUCGGCUGAAGAGCAGAGGCAGGAGCCCGAACGGACGACCCCGGAGGACCCAAUGGAUGCCCCACAGCAGCCAGGGAGCCCCCUGCAGGCAGGGCAGGGCAGCUUCAGCCGAGAGGAAGUUGAACAGAUCCUUCAGGAGCGGAAUGAGCUCAAGGCCAACGUGUUUCUGCUUAAGGAAGAGUUGGCCUACUUCGAGCGGGAGCUGCUCACAGACCACAGGGUCCCUGGGCUUCUGAUUGAAGCCAUGAAGGUGGCUGUCAGGAAACAGCGGAAGAAGAUCAAGGCCAAGAUGUUAGGAACACCAGAGGAAGCAGACAGCAGUGAUGAGGAUGGCUCAUGGCCUCUGCUCUCCAACAAUAAGGGAGAUGAACCCCCAGCCCCUGAGUCCAGAAUACAGAGUUCCUUUGGCUUGUGGUAUCAGGGUGAAACAGAGGCCCCUGAAGCUAAGACCAGCAGCACUGCCUCCAGCCAGCUGGGAAGAGAAGAGGAAGCCUCCCAAGAGCCUUCACUGGAAUCUGUGGGCAGCUCUCCAGCCUCCACCUCCUGACUGGGCCUUCUCUCUGCUCAUGAUGAACAUGUUGAUCUGAGGGCCUCCGCUGCCCCAGAGGCCUGACUUUUGGGAUCUGACUUUGGGGUGAAUGUGUGACCUCAAAUGAAGACAAGGCUCCCCCCUUCAUAGCCCUCCCCAGGGCUCUUCUCCAGUCUGGCAGGAUGGGAAUGUCAGCCAGCCUCCCCUUCCUCUGACAUGUCUGCACCAUACUUGAGGGCCAGAUGUACAGGUGCUUUGUCUCUGACUUCCAGUUUCACCAUCUGUGAAACAGAGGACUGACUGCCUACCUUCCAGGGCUUUGUGCACAUGGCCUGAGCUAAUGUAAUAAAGUAACUGUCCAUAAUUCCCAGAAACUGCUCCAUGUCUGUGUGUCUGUCAGUGGUCUGUGCCACCUUCCAGCCUGCAGAGGCAGCCUGAGCUUUCCUCACAAGGUUUCCUUGACUGCUCACCCAGUGGGGUAGCUUCUCCUGGCUCUGGCCCCUUGCUUUGAGAAUGUGGCCUAAUGGAAAGCCAUGGUUCUCACACUCAACUCACCCCUUCGCCUGUGGCCAGUAUCUGGGGACCUGUGACUUCAUUGUAAGCCCCAUAAACUCACUCAGACUUCACUGUCAGCCUUCCUUUCCCUUUCAUUUUUGUGUCUCUGACCUUCCUAGUGCUUCCCGCCCACCCUUUCAGGGAGGUGCCUCAUGGCAGC